AAAAAUCUAUACCAAGUACUGACUACUAGUGUGACUAGCCUCCGUGCUUUACUCUCUUCUUCAGCAAAUCUGAUUUCAAAUAAGUUCACCGACGAAAUUGAAAAAAAUGAGUGACGGGAGAAGGAAGAAGAGCGUGAACGGAGGUGCACCGGCGCAAACUAUCUCCGAUGAUCGGAGAUCUAGUCUUCCGGAGGUUGAAGCUUCUCCACCGGUGGGGAAACGAGCUGUUAUCAAGAGUGCUGAUAUGAAAGAGGAUAUGCAGAAGGAAGCUAUCGAUAUCGCCAUCUUCGCAUUUGAGAAGUACAGUGUGGAGAAGGAUAUAGCUGAGAAUAUAAAGAAGGAGUUUGACAAGAAACAUGGUGCUACUUGGCAUUGCAUUGUUGGUCGCAACUUCGGUUCUUAUGUAACGCACGAGACGAACCAUUUCGUUUACUUCUACCUCGACCAGAAAGCUGUCCUUCUCUUCAAGUCAGGAUAAGAAUUUGAAAACCAAGAAAACUCAUUGUGAUGAACAGUCAGCAUUAUCAUCAAUCAUCAUGUUGUAGUUAGUAUCUUUCUUUGUAUGUAUGUGUUACUUCUAAGGCUUUAACCAACCAAAUUUGGAGAAUAAACCCUAUAAAAGUCUUUCAGUACAUGUCAUGCAUCUUCAAAUGUAAAUUUGAUUUCACCAGAUUUAAAAACUCAGCGUUGAUAUAUCUAAAUUUUCCGGUUUGUGUUG